CUCAUCCGCGAUGCUAGAUUUCACUCAUAUAGAACAUAGUCAUAUGCAGCGUUGAUACAGCGUAUCGUUUAUUGAAACACGACUUCUCGCCAUUAUAUACAUCCACACAUAUGCUUUGAAAGAAAGCAGGUUUAAUAAAACCCCCCCCACGAACAAGCCAUCAUGGCCCAGCCUGCCGUCUUCCUUUGGGCUCUCGAUACUCGAAACCUAUGGCCCGAAGCUAAAGAGACCAAAGAGCUUCCCGGAGCAGCCCGCCGCGCUCUCGCUCUCCUCAGCGAAACCGAACAGGCCGCCGUCCUCAAGUACUACUUCGUCCGGGACGCCAAGCUGUCCCUCGCCUCAUCGCUGCUCAAGCGCCUCGCCAUCUCGCGCUUCUGCCGCGUGCCCUGGGCCUCCGCCACGGCCGUGCGCGACGCCCGCACCAAGCCCGUCUUCAUCACGCCCUCUGGCGACGAGCCGCUGCUCUUCAACGUCACGCACCAGGCCGGCGUGGUGGUGCUCUUCGGCGCGUAUCUGCCGCCCGCGGGCGUCGCCAUCGGCACGGACAUUGUCUGCGCGGGGGAGCGGCGCGAGCGGGAUCUCAGGCACGUUGAGACGCAGGGGUGGCCGUCGUACGUCAACCUGCACAGCGACGUGCUCUCGCCGGUGGAGGUGCAGCGGCUGUGCGGGCUGCGGAUCCCCGACCGCCAGAAGCUGUUGGAUUACUUUUACGCGCUGUGGUGUCUCCGCGAGGCGUAUGUCAAGAUGACGGGCGAGGCGCUGCUUGCGCCGUGGCUGGCCGACUUGGAGAUGCGGUACUAUUCGCCCCCCGGGGAGAUUCCGCCCGAGGGGUCCAACAAGACGCUGGAAGUGUGGUUCAAGGGCAGCAGGGUGACUGAUGUGGAUGUGAAGCUGGACAGGGCCAUUGGGGACGAGUACAUGAUUAGCACCGUUGUGAGGAGGGGAGAGGGAGAUGUAGGGCUGGAUGUGCCGCCGCCGGAGAAUUUGGAUCUGGAGGAGACGUUGAAGGCUGCGGAGGGUUUGUUGCAGGAGCUGGGACAGUGAUAUAUAUAUAUAUAUAUAUAUAUUGUGGCAUGUAUGCUUCCCUAUUCAUGAAAGAGAUGGGAUGAAAAUGAAAGAGAGACAUGAAGCAGAAAGCGAUGGAUUAUACAUGAUUUAUUUGAUAGCGAGCAGAGCACAUGUAUUGCAGAUUAUGACAACCUUCUUUUUUUGAGACAAUGGAAAAUCUCACAGUUCAGUUGC